AUGCAAGAAUAUCGAUAUUUUUUGCCGUGUCUAUUCAUUUAUUUUGAUGUUUCCAAGAGCCGGGGCCCUGGUUAUGUUCCCUUGCCCCCAGUUUGUAAAUCUUUAUGGACUUGUAGUGUUGAAGCAGCUGUCGAAUAUUGCAGAAUAGUGUGGGAUCUCUUUCCGGAAGGAAAAUUAGUUCGAUUUGUUGUUAGUGAUUCAGCAGCUCAUAUUUUAAAUACUUGGGCUGUGGCUCAGCAAAAUUUAACUCAUAUGUUAAAUGGUCUCUGUUUGGUGGGAUCAGUGCGUCGUGGGGCAGGAGGUGAUGUUGUUGGUUUGUGUGCUGCUAUUGAAGCAUUGGGUGAACCUUCGCCAGCUCAAUCUUCCAGGCCUCCAACUGAGAGGCAUUUUCAAAAUCGAGGCCGAAUCAUUUGUAUCACAAGUGCCAGGGAUGAUGAUUCUAUCAGAAGCUUGGCGGAAAUAGCACUCAAUACAUUAGUGCAACAAAACAAAAAGGCAUCUACUGUUCAACCUACCACCAGCACUGAUGCACCACCUACCCCACAGUCUUUAGUAGUUCAUUACUGUCAUUUAGUCAUAGUUAAUGUAACACCAGAAAAGGCUGAGACAAGAGUAAACAAUCAGACUCUUACAGAGAUGGGAGGUGGAUUAAUGGGUGUUGAAGUCAUAGUAUCCCGUGCAAGUGCGCUGGCGAAUCUACUUGGCCGUUUAGUCCUGCCACAUUAUAAGUUGGCUAUUACAACUGUCACAGGAAUACCUAUGAAAGAGGAACAAAACGCGAGCUCGAGUGCAAACUAUGACGUGGAAAUUAUACAUUCUGCCGAGGCGCAUGCUGGAUUAAGAGCAGCCCAAACAGCCGCAGAGGCUUUAGAGUCUGUGGUGCUGCGCUGGUGGACUCCGCGCGGGGCUGAAGGUGGCGCUAGUGGCUGCAGCGGGCCCCUGUGGCGGGUGACACCAGCCGACGUUGCCUCGCGACCUUCAGCUUGCCUCGUGAACUUCCUGCUCAACGGGCGUUCCGUCACGCUGGAGGUGCCUCGCAAAGGCGGCGGCCGCUCCGCGUCGCACGUGUUGGCCGCGCAGGGCGGCGAGCUUUGGAUCGGGGCCCUCGGCGGCCGCACUCCUUAUGACGACCCUCCCGCGCUCUCCGAGGGUGUUGGCGGCCGCGUCACCGACUACAGAAUCAAGGAGUUUGGUGCUCUAAUGCAUCAGAACAAGUUGCAUCCGCUGCGAGGCGCCGGGGCCAACUCGCGAGCCAGAUCCCGAUUACAGAGGCAUACAACGUAUUGGCCUCUGACCAUUUCCUCAACCCUCAUCUUCAACUUGGGCUCGAUAAUGGAGCCGUUAACCAAGCUGGUAGUGCAAGAGUCGCUAACGGACGAGGAGGUGGACGCCUGCCGCGGAGUCCUGUUAUCCCUUCUCGGCAUGGAGUCCCGCCACGAAUUGCCAUCCGCCCAGCUACCCUCCAAUAUGCGCGGCAAAUGGAGCGGUCGGCGCGAGGAGCAAUGGCGGCAGGUGUGGGGCGAGUUGGAGGCGCUAGUGCGCGCGCACUCCGCCUCGCCCGCCCACCGCGCGUUGCUGCGCACGCUGCUCGACUGCCGCUCACACAACCACGCGCCAGACGGCGAGUCCCGGGCCACGGUGAUCCGGGCGACCACAGACUCGCCCCUGUCGCCCGUGGGGGCGGGCAACGGCGCGGGCGCCGGCGACGUGUGGGCGCCGAGGAACGUUCUCGACACCCUGCUGGGGGCGCCCCGGCCGGCGCGCAGGCCCGACUUCGCCGGCAGGAUGGCGGCCGGCAACAGGAUCGCCACGCUCUACUCGCAUUUGCAGCAGGACGUCGAGGCGCAGCAC